AUGCCAAGACCGUAUAACCUUUGCGCCAAGUGCGGAGUGCGCCGCGCUAUUCCCGAUCGGGGUGGCCUCGUGGCGGAUCCCGGCGAUGUGCCAAUCAGCAGUGCCGACUGGGUGGAGCAGCCGCCCGGCUCACCAUCACGAUUCACCAGCGACCGCUCGCAGUUAGCCGGUCAUCUUAGCUCAAACCUUUUGCGCUCUUUCACCUUUGCAUUCUCGGAAGACCAAUGCUGGCGUAAAAUUUUGUUUAUCAUGAUUUCCGAGAUGUUGAACAUGGCAAGACUUGUCGCUGAGGAGGGCAAGCAAUUGACACCUCUUUCGAAAGCGUUCAUCUUCCACUUCUGCCAGCCUGGUUGGUCCAUGCCCAUGGCUGGCGGACCAUAUCACAUCAGCGAUGACGAGCAUGGCCCAUAUGUUGUUAUUUUUGCUGCCAUUCUGAUGACAUAUAUGAUUCUGUGCUAUUUGAUGAGACUGCUCCUUCGCUUCACCAUCAAUGGGCCACUGGGACUAGAUGACUGGACCGUUACUGCUGGAUCGGUGGUUGCCAUAGUUCAAACCGCGCUGAAAAUAUCGGAAGCGAAACAUGGUCUGGGAAAGAGAACCGAUGCUGUGAGCUUGGAAAACAGAGACAUCGUAGGAAAGGUCGUUCGUUGGUACAUUGUCGAAGGCCUAGGAAUCUUUGUGGAACUCAUUGCCGCGUGGCUUCCCGUAUAUCUCGUUUGGAAUCUCAGAAUGAGAUUGAAAUCGAAAUUUGUCGUUCUUCUCGCGUUUUCAUUUCGUUUACCGGUGUUUGUCAUCGCUGCUUUCAGAAUAUAUUUCCUCCACCAAGAGUUCAUCCACAACGACCCUCUGUUCUAUGGGGCGAGUUCAUCGGUCUGCUUGGAAGCCGCGCUGCAUUUCGGAUUGAUGGCCGCAACAAUCCCUUGUAUGAAGCCGUUUAUCAAAGCAUUCAACACAGGCUGGUUGCUUGCACUGGACACCUCAACUCCGAGCGAGGGGUAUGCGCUUUCAAAUAUGCACCGCACAGCAUAUUCUGCUAAUGCAGAAACCCAGUUCAGCAGCAAAAGCAGUAUUUUUCAAGCUAGCCGGCAGGGACACGUACUGCACCAGGAGCCAGGGACCCCGUCCUCCGCCGGUUCGGAUAAGAUGAUUAUUCGCCGGACAACUGCGUGGAACCGUCCGGCUGUUGCUCCGAUAAUACCCAAGCCAACGGCUCCCAGAACAGCGUCCAUCUUCUUCCGCAGAUCCCGACUUUAUCAGACUAGUUGCUCUCAGUCGUACCAUUCCGGUCGCCGAUACCCUCUUUCGUCCCGCACAUGCCCUCAAAAAUUACAAAAAACACCCGGUUUCUCGCUGAGCCCUCGGUCCUACCAUUCUGAAUUCCACCCUGACCCGCCCGCGGAUAGCUACACGCCGGAACAGUCAGCCAUUCUUUCAGCGGCCCUCACGUAUAUACCGGAGCAUGGAUUCUCGACUAAGUCCGUUGUGCUUGGGGCUCGGGAAGCAGGAUACCUGGACGUUUCCUUGCAGCUUUUUCCGCGUGGGGGUGAACUGGAAUUGGUGAUAUUCUGGCUGGCAAGCCGACGAGGGCUGCUAAAGCAACUGGUCGAAAGCGGCGAAGUAUUCGCAGACAAAGGUGGCCCUGGGUUGUCCGCUUCACGUUCAGAUGUAGACCAGAGAGUGAAAGCCCUGAUAAUAGAAAGAUUGAAGAUGAAUCAGGGGAUAAUACAACAUUGGCAGGAUGCUUUGGCAAUCAUGUCUCUCCCAUCACACAUCUCACCGUCGCUUUAUGAGCUUUACAAGUUGUCCUCCGAAAUCCUAUACCUUGCCAACGACCGUUCUAUCGAUGCAUCAUGGUAUACUAGACGGUUGUCCGUCGCUGCUGUCUAUGCCAGCGCGGAGGUCAACAUGACAGAAGACAAAUCGCCCGGUUUUAUCUCCACAAUCGAAUUUGUAGAGCGUAGGAUACAUGAUGCAAACCUCGUUACUGAUACAGUGGGCGACGUGAAACAGUAUCUGGGAUACAUUGCUGGCAGUGUCGUGGCUGCAGGAAGAAGCUGGGGAAUGAAGCUUAAGAACCUAGGGCCUUCCUACUUCCAAUGGCAAUCAACUCGAAGGUUAACCUGCUCUCGAAACCCCUUUAGACCCCCCAGGGAUUAG